AGUAAAUUUGAGAAAGGUUUGACACAGUUUACAGACAUUUGUUGAGUACUUUAUAUUUAACUAAUAAUGUUUUGGCACAAGUAGGAUUUUGACUCGUUUUACUUGGCAUAGAUUGUCGUUGCAUUGUCGUUGCAUUAAUCUACAUGUAUUUUUAAUUUAUUAAGAGAUUUGAAUAUUUCUUCUUCCGUUAGUAUUCAAAAACUUAAAUAUCUAUGAUGCAGUUACCGAUAUUUGCCAGCAGGAGGAGUGAAGCUAAUGAAGUAGACACACUGCAUGAUUUGUCCCAUAGUAACAAAAUCAUUGCCACUCUUUGUCAAUUAAAUUAGGGUGCAAUUAUAAAAAGCAAAAAGCAGAAAGUGCAGAAUAUUGUCAUUUGACAAAACAUUUAUACAUUUGAUUAAGGAAAAAUCCAUUGAAAGAAAAAACAUCAUAUUGAACAAUGGCCCAUCCGUUAAAGCAGAGAAACAUCAAUGAGAAUUCCAGAGAUGUAUCCGAUAUCUUUUAUUAGGCAUAGCCUUUUGUUACCUCGUUACUGCAUUAACUGCAGGGGGGAAACUUAUGGAGGGCAGAGGACUCAGUGGCAUGUACUUCAGCCCCGAGGUGGCAAGACUCUGGCAUGGCUCCUUGCAGGCAGCAGCAUAAGGAUUGGGUCGUAUUUUUGGAAGGGUGUGUGUGUGUGGAUUGGUCGCCUUGUUGGGUCUGCUGAAAUAUUUCCAACGGCAGCGACUGUCAAGAGAUAGCUGGGCGGCAGGGACGGGGGGGGAAGGGGGCUUUUCACCGUGGCCACCUGGAAAAAGCCACGUAAGAUCGGUGGCUCGUAUAGACAUGAGUAAUUCGAGGUAAUAGCCCGGUCAUUCAAAGAAGAAAAGGGGAGAUUAAUGAGUGAAUUUGACGAAUCUAAGAAGAGGACACUCCAGUUCAAGAGGACAAAAUUAAAGUUGCGUGCAAGGGCGAAGACGCACCCCGGGGGGGCUUCAUGGACACGCGCAGAAACACCCAGAACAACUCCCCUAAAAGAAACCCCCAAGAGUUCAGCAACCAGGAUACCUUCAACCGGCUUUGAUGUCCGGUGAAAGUGAAGUCAGCCCGCGGGAGGUUUUAUCUUUAGCCACGUAACGGACCCAAACCCAACUUUCCGAUCGGGGACUAGUUAGACCGCGGUGAGGCAUGAGCGGAGGUCGCUUCGAGUUCGACGACGGCGGAGCUUAUUGCGGAGGCUGGGAGGGGGGCAAAGCCCACGGCCAUGGCAUCUGCACCGGACCCAAGGGCCAGGGCGAGUUCUCGGGCUCCUGGAACUACGGCUUCGAGGUGGUGGGGGUCUACACGUGGCCCAGCGGGAACACUUACGAGGGGUACUGGUCGCAGGGGAAGCGUCACGGCCUGGGAGCAGAAACCAAAGGACACUGGAUUUACAGAGGGGAAUGGACUCAUGGCUUCAAGGGGAGAUACGGCAUCCGGAUCAGUGUUGGCAGCGGAGCGAAGUAUGAGGGAACGUGGAAUAACGGGCUGCAGGAUGGAUACGGAACAGAGACAUAUGCGGAUGGAGGUACUUUCCAGGGUCAGUUCACAGGCGGCAUGCGGCACGGCUACGGGGUCCGGCAGAGCGUACCCUACGGCAUGGCGGCAGUUGUCCGCUCCCCUCUUCGGACCUCCCUGACCUCACUUCGCAGCGAGCACAGCAACGGCACCGUCUUGCAGCAAGACAUCCCCGUCAUCACCACCACCAACGCCUCAGGUGAGGAGACACCCGUCGCCACCCCGACCCACCUGGGACCGUCCCGCGGAGGCUUCGCCCUGACUCUUCAGGUGGACCCGGAGGCUGUGAAGCCUAAGAAGAAGGGCUUGUUUCGCAGGGGCUCCCUUUUGGGUAAGCUGAAGAAGUCUGACUCAAGCACCUCGCUGUCCAGCCAGAAGAGCAAGAUCAGCUUCCUCAGGACGGAAUCGGCCCUCAGCUCCAAUGCCAGCGACACACACUCCACCAUCAGCAUCGGGGACGAAAGCUUCGCCGGAGCCGAGGACUUCCCCCCGGUGGAGGCCGACAUCGACGCCACCACCACAGAGGUUUACAUGGGAGAGUGGAAGAACGACAAGCGCUCAGGGUACGGAAUAAGCGAACGGUCCAGCGGGCUGAAGUACGAGGGCGAGUGGCUGAACAACCAGAGACACGGCUACGGCUGCACCACCUUCGCCGAGGGGGGGAAGGAGGAGGGAAAGUACAUGAACAACCUGCUGGUGAAGGCCAUGAAGAAGAGGGUGAUCCAGCUGAAGGGAACCAAGAUCAAACAGAAGGUGGAGCGCGCGGUGGAGGGCGCUCAAAGGGCCGCAGCCAUCGGCAAGCUGAAGGCAGAGAUCGCUGCCUCCAGGACGACCCAUUCAAAGGGCAAGUCAGAUGCGGCUGACCAGGCCGCCCAGGCUGCCAACAGCGAGUCCAGCAUCGCCCGACUGGUAGCCAAAGAGCUGUCCCCUUCCUUCUACCAGCCAGGUCCUGAGUAUCUGAAGAAGAGAGUGUUAGUGGAGGCCAUAGAGGGAAGUGAGACCACAGAGACUGUCAUGCAUGAGCCGCUGUUAGCCGAAGAGGAGCCCCUGCCCACGCCACCCGAAAGCCCACUCAUGAAUGAACUGGACAGCCUCAUGGCUGGCUCAUCCCCAGGCCGCACCCCCUCCCCCAGCCCGGGCAUAACCACCAAGGAAGACUCCAGACUCCUCAGUCCAGGGAGCUGGAACGAAGACAAAACCAUUACGGCUGCUGGCAGUAAGGGAAGCAGUAGAGCCAACAGCCGGCCCAGUAGUCGCCCCACUACCCCGUCGACCUCCGUUUCUGCUCCCGCCCCCCCUGCGCCUGGAGUGGCAGGUGGGCCCCUUCGCCCCACGCCCAGCCGUCAGAGCAGCAAGAACGAGCAGGGCUCGGACCUGGAGAUAAAGCCCCUGCAGAAGUUUGACUCAGAGGUCAAAGGUCUAGAUUCCACUGCAGACCCGGCUGCCCCUGUAAGGAAUAGCCUCAUCUGUCCAGAUGAAGAAGAAGCACCUCGCCACAGCUCCAGAGUGUCCUCCAAAGCUGCGACCCCCGAGCCCAAAACGUCCGAGGGCGAAACGGAAAGAGCGCCAUCGGUCCACGAACGAGCACCGUCCGUGUCUGAGAACAAAGUGGAGUCCAGGGAGGUGAGCAGGACGUCCAGCAGAGCGGAGACAAAGCCCUUGCCCAAGCGCCAACCCAGCCCGACGCUGUUCCCAAAACCCGCACCAAGUCUUGAACCUAAACCGGUACCAAAGCAAGUGGAGGCCAAAGCUCCUGUUGCCAAACAAACCCCGAAGGUAGAGCCCAAAGCAGAAGGCAGGCUGAAGGCCAUCGGGUCGAGCCCAAGGGACGAGGAGUCUCUGGAGCUUGAGGGCCCGAACACCAUAAUGAUCUGCAUGGUCAUCCUGCUCAACAUUGGCCUGGCCAUCCUCUUCGUACACAUUUUGUCAUGAGGCAACUGUCAAUGGACCUCAGGUCACAAGCAGGCCGUGCCUCCUGCUCCUCAGACCGGACCAGAGGUCAAAGACGAAGAAGCCUCACGCAGACUACCGCAGCUCCUCCAAACGUUUCUGUUGGUGUGACUGUGAGGCUCUGUGAAGCUCCUCUGAUCGCAGGGGUUCAACAAAAGACUGAAGAAGAUUCGGUACAUCUGAAUGCGAUGAUGUUUGUGUGUUCAAGUCGGGGUUGGAUGGUGGAGCACGUCCUCAGCCGAGCUUACACAGGAGAAGCAGCGCUCAAGGCGUCUCCUUUCGACGUUGUCAGUGUCAACAAUAAAAAAGCUUUCAAGUCCUCCUAAAUUGGCUCACACUGGCUGAUUGGAGAAUCAUUAGGUAAUUAUACUUUGUCGCGAGCUACGUGGGUGUGAUGUGUGUUUACGUCACAUGCAGACUGAAUAUUCUCUCCACUAUCCUUUUCACUUAAUUGCUGAGUUUAACUGCAGCAGAAAUUUAGAAGUAAUAGCUAACUUUUUUUUUUUAAAAGCAUACAUUUUCAAUAUGCGGUCAACAAGCUAAAGGAGAUUAAUUAAGGAGCGUAAAAUGUGUCUCCGGUGUGUUGAAAUACUUCAAUCCGUACAUCGCUAAUGUACAGUUUUUUGUUUUGAAUCUUGCGCUUCAGUCUCUGCAUCUAGUUACAUUUCGGAUAAUUGCAUUUGAGACAGUGGUGUACUGCAGUGUGAAGUUUUCUAUUUUCACUGGGAUUUACAUGCAUUUACUGUCAUUCUGCUGCUUUGAUUUGAGAGCUGAAUCAAAUAGAAAAGGCAAAGAAGAAGCUUAUAAGUGUUACUGUGGUGUUUCUCGCGCAGCGCUGCUCAGCACCCAGGUGGUUUUAAAUGAGAGGUGUGUACGUUUUGCAACAGAUUGAGCAAGCAGAAGAUUGACGGCUGGGAUGCAUCUUAUUUAAAACAAUCACUCCGCAUUGGUGAGGUUUCUGAAUCUAUAUAGAUUUACGUAAGUGCAUCAGCGGGAGGCGGGUUUGGAUGUUUUAGCCUGUGAGCUUUUCGUGGUUAAAUGUAUAUUUCAGAGUAGGAAAGUGUCCACCUGGCUCCAUGCUGCAUUAUAUUUAGAGCCGGCUACGCCUCAGUGCUAAAUCAAGACUUUAAUCAAUACAACUUUUGUAUGCAUGAGAAUAUGAGGGCACUUUGUGUGUAUCUGUCAGUGUUUUUGUAUCGUUUUGAAGUGCAAAUCUUUUCAACAAACUAUUGUCAGAGGAAAAUAUGCAACCCUAUAUGUAUUUAUUUCCCAAAGUCAGAUAAACCUGAAGUAGUGAAAUGGAGAAAAAAAAAAAAAAAAGAAGUUCUUAACUCCAUGUCUUACAUUGAGAAGAGCACUCCAUGGGUGCCGUUUUGUCGUUCUCCCUUACAGCAGCGUAAUACGUUGCUUUAUAAAAAGGAAAAGUGGUUAGUUGAAAUUUGAUGGUUCUGCAUUGUUUAUGGAAAAAAGGGAAACUGUAAAAUGAUUGAGGGAAGUAAAAAACGCUGUUGGCAAAAAAUAAAUAGCAUUAACGUAAGACAAUUAAAAGUGCAAUACAACUGUACUCGAAUAGAUCAGUGUAACAAGGCCGUUUGGUUUCAUCGGUCUAAGAGCAAAUGACGUUGCUGAAUUUGAAUGAAUUUGCAGUCAAACUUGGUCAAAAUAGCCAAAUAAAAAAAACAUUU